GAGGGGGCCAGGGGCUGCUGGGGGGUGAGGCAGGAAGCUGGGGAGAGGGGUCUCUGGUGACCUGUGGGGGUGAGGUCCGUUCCUACCCUUUCUCUGCUCUGUUCCUGCUCCCCCAUCUGUUCUGUCUCUCUCGGACCUCCCAUGUCCCGCAGCUCUGUGCAGCUCUGUGCUUUUGUCUCUGUUUCCUUCACUCACUCCCUGCCUUCCUCCUCCCCUGGCCUCAGUGUCACAGCAAAGCUCAUCAACGGAGGUGUGGCAGGACUCGUGGGGGUGACCUGCGUGUUCCCCAUCGACUUGGCCAAGACUCGACUGCAAAACCAGCACUGCAAUGAUAUCUACAAAGGAAUGAUAGAUUGUCUGAUGAAGACGGCCCGGGCGGAGGGCUUCCUGGGCAUGUACAGAGGGGCUGCAGUGAACCUGACCUUGGUCACUCCAGAAAAGGCCAUCAAGCUGGCAGCCAAUGACUUCUUCCGGCAGCUGCUCAUGGAAGAUGGGGGGCAGCGGAAUCUGAAGAUGGAGAUGCUAGCUGGAUGUGGAGCUGGAAUGUGCCAGGUGCUGGUGACCUGUCCCAUGGAAAUGCUCAAGAUUCAGCUACAGGAUGCUGGACGAUGGGCUGUCCGCCAUCAGGGUCCAGCCUCAGCACUUUCCUCCUCUGUGUCCUACACUACUGGCUUGGCUCCCGCCCACCAGCGCCCAUCUGCCACCCUCAUUGCCCGGGAGCUGCUUCGCACUCACGGCCUGGCUGGCCUCUACAAGGGCCUGGGGGCCACUCUGCUCAGAGAUAUUCCCUUCUCCAUCAUCUACUUCCCACUGUUCGCCAACCUUAACAACCUUGGGCUCAACGAGCUUACUGGAAAGGCUUCCUUUGCUCAUUCCUUUAUGUCAGGCUGUGUUGCAGGUUCUGUAGCUGCUACUGCAGUAACACCUCUGGAUGUUUUGAAAACUCGAAUCCAAACCCUCAAGAAAGGCCUGGAUGAGGAAGUCUACAGCGGGAUCAUAGACUGUGCCAGGAAACUCUGGAUUCAGGAGGGACCAUCUGCCUUCAUGAAAGGAGCAGGCUGCCGGGCCCUUGUCAUAGCACCUCUCUUUGGGAUUGCCCAAGGUGUCUAUUUCAUUGGUAUUGGAGAGCGUAUCUUAAAGUCUUUUGAGUAGAUGCUGCUGGAGCUGGAGUCUUUUCACUUGGUGCCAUCUCUCUAUCUCCCCCAUUUUACUAGACUAGAUGGGGGUGAGAGCAAACUGGCCCACCCGUGUUGUAUUUUGUCCUCUAACUUGUAGUGCUACCUCAAUCUGGGAAGAAACAACCCUAUUCUAAUAAGUAAGCUGGAUAUCACCCCAUUCUCCCUACAUGAUACCUGUAUUUGUUUCCUUUGGGGUAUAACUACCAAGGAUCUUUAGAAGCCCUUAACUACCUAUUUUCCAACAGUAACAAAUAUGGUACCUGAUUUGGUUGUAUUAAUGGCAGGGCCUUAACGAACAGUAGAGGUAUAAGGGUUGUUUCUAUAUUUUAUUUCUAUUUCACACUCAAACUCAGUAUACUCAAGUCAGUUUUAAGAUUUAGUUUUGCUAAUCCUGAAUACAGUAAUUUAUGGUUAGUUCUACCACUGGGGAAAGGGAGGAUCAUAAAUUCAAGGGGACCACAAAAGCCCUCAAAGUCAGGACUUAGUUGAAACCAAGUAAACCCUUCCAAAUUGCUCUGGUUAAGGGGUUAGGUUGACUCUAAUUAAGAGCCUGGGCAAAGUCAGGUCAGCCAUCUGUCACAAUCUUCCACCUGGAGCACAGGCUCUCUCAAAGCCACCCUUUCCUGUGUCCAUGGGAACAGUAGUUGAAAUAAAGUUGACUGGUGAAAUAUCUCAAAUGCAACGAACAUUGUCAUUUACUUUUCUGUGUCCAUUUCAGAACCAAACAACAUUAAAAUAAACACUGGACAGAUCACUAUCAGUUAUACUUCAAAUUGUUACUUAUGAGGAUGGAGAACAAUAACCAUAGGGAUACUUUAAAUUACCUUGGAUUUAAAGCCUUGGUUAAUGAUAACUUCAUUGCAUUGUCUUGAGGAGCUGAGUUUGCUGUGACAGAGUUUUCCCCAUGUGCCUCAAUUCCUUCCCCCACAGGGCUGCUAGAGAGAAAUGUCACACAAGUGGGGUCAGGUUCUGAGGAAAAAAUACCUGUUCCAGGAGUUAUUUACAUAAGUCCUCACCUAAUGUAAAACUAGGGUGAAUGAGGAAGAGGAUGGUGCUAAGAUGGUCAGCCUUGGUGACAUUUUUAUUAAGAUGACUGCAUUUGAGCACGGGCUCCAGUUAGAUUCGAGUUAAAGUUCCAGCUGUGUUAUUUACUAACUUUGUAAGACCGUGGGCAGAGCUCAGUAGUCAUCCAAGGGAAAACUAGCUAGAGGAGAAGGGUUGAGAGAAAAACAGGAGCUUUGUGAGAGGGUUUAGGCCUAGCACGCAGUAACCCCCAAAAUCUUUAGUGUCCUUAUUCUCAUAAAGCUGUAAAACUCUUGUAGAGGACACCUGUGUGUGGGGGU